AUGCUCUACCUCGUCGGCCUAGGCCUCUCAGACGAGACCGACAUCACGGUCAAGGGCCUCGAGAUCGUCAAGCGCGCCUCCCGCGUCUACCUCGAAGCCUACACCUCGAUCCUCCUCGUCGACCAGUCCGUCCUCGAGUCCUACUACGGCCGCCCCAUCUCCAUCGCCGACCGCGAAAUGGUCGAGUCCAACUCGGACGAGAUCCUCCGCGACGCCGACAAGGAGGACGUCGCCUUUUGCGUCGUCGGCGACCCCUUUGGCGCGACUACACACACCGACCUCGUUCUGAGGGCUCGCGAGCUCGGCAUCCGAGUCGGGACUGUGCCUAACGCGAGCAUCAUGUCUGGCAUCGGCGCGGCGGGGUUGCAGCUGUACAACUUUGGGCAGACGGUGUCGAUGGUGUUCUUUUUGGACAAUUGGAGGCCGGCGAGCUUUUAUGAUCGGAUCAAGGAGAAUAGGCAGAUUGGGCUGCAUACGCUGGUGCUGCUGGAUAUCAAGGUUAAGGAGCAGAGCUUGGAGAAUAUGGCGAGGGGGAGAAAGAUUUAUGAGCCACCUAGGUAUAUGACCGUCGGGACUUGCGCCAGUCAAAUGCUGGAGGUUGAGGAGGAAAAGAAGGAGGGUGUGUACGGGCCAGACAGUCUUGCUAUUGGCGCUGCGAGGGUGGGAGGCAAGACGGAGAAGUUUGUUGCCGGUACACUCAAAGAGCUUUGCGAUGCCGAUGAGCUGCUUGGAGGGCCGCUUCACAGUUUGGUGCUGCUUGGCAGGAGGACACACGAGCUGGAACAUGACUAUGUCAGGGAAUUUGCUGUCAACAAGGAGAAUUGGGACAGGAUAUGGAAGGCUGAUUAUGAGGGAAAGCAUUGA